GCUGUGGGCAGCGCCGAAGGGCACGCAAACGCUGAAGGGCAGCGCAAACGACCACCCACGAUGUCGCGGCGCAUGCAAACGCUCCGCAACAUAAGCAACCGGCCGCGGUCCGCGCCGGCCCAACGGAAGCCGGUGGCCACGAGCACCGCACUGCCGGGCCCGGCCUCGCCCUUAGGCGGCGACGCCCACGCCGGGUUGCGGCCGGGCACGGCCAAGAACAUCAAGCGACGGUCCGCGAGUGCGGCGUCGCGGAGGCGCCGAGAGAUCGUGGGUGAAUACAUGCGCCGCAGCGUCGACCCCGUGAUGAGGGAACUCGUGACGCAUUUACUGGUCGAGAAGCCUUCCGAUGUGACGAAGGAGAUGCUGGCUUAUCUCAGAGGUGUCCGGGACGGGACGACGCCCCAGAUCCAGAUGGACUCGCAGCGGAAAGUGUCGAAGGAAGAUCGGGCUUACAUGGCCCGCGACGUCAAGCCAUUACUGACCGAUUUACUGUCCGACGUCGUACGGGCACGACCUAGAGCUCCAGUGGACUUCUCCAUAGCUUGGUUGGCAUCUAGAAGGGCGCAGGCUACGGACGUGCCGGCGCCAAAGAGCGUCUCAAAAUUAAGAGAUGCCAUCUCCUUCGAUGCUGCCGUCACAUCGCAAAAACCGACAACAACGCUAGAGAAGAAGCGCAUCUUUGUGUUAGGCGAUGUCUCAUCCGGCAAGACGACCCUCCUCAAAGCGAUGCAGGGCGACCUCGAGCCAUCAGCAAAGCCGUCGGGAGGGUUCAAGACCUUCGAUCUGGGCCACCAACUGUCGGAGGACGCCCCGCAGUCCACCUUAACGUUCUUCGACGUGUCCGGUAAAACAAAAGCGCGCGCGCGGUGGCCUGCCUACUUUUCAGAUUGCCACGCCGUUGUUUUUGUGGUCGACUGUUCUAGCGACUUAGCUGAAGCAAGGACCUGCUUCGACUACUGCUUCCGGGCUACGAAUGAAAAUGAGGACGAACGCCGCAGUAUGCUCAAGGGCAAGCCGCUGCUGGUGCUCGCGAACAAGCAAGAUAUUGAGAGUAGUGCGAAGCCCGAUGAAGUGUCGAAAGCUCUGGAUUUGGACGCGUAUCAACGAGAUGGAUAUCAUGUCGCCGUCUGUCCCGUCGUCGGAGACCCGCAAAAAAGCAAUGGUGCACUGGACCCGCGCGUGGAAAGGGCCAUCGACUGGCUCGCGCAGCGCAUCGACGAUAAAGCGGGCGCCCUGGAAGCGCGGCGCACGCGGGAGACGGCCGCGACGGACGCCUGGGACCAGCUCCAGAAGGAGAAGAAGGAGCAGCGGGUCUUCCGGAAAGUUCUCAGGAAGGCGCAUCCCCAGGAGGGGGAGCCCGAGGAGUGCAUGGAUGAGUCUGAAGGUCUCGAGUUCUUCGCGUCGGAGCUAGGGUGUACGAUAGAAGACAUGGACCCCACGGCGAAACGACUCGCAGCACUGAUGAACUACCAGAAGCUCGCCUUGCAGAUGACCGCCGCGAUGAACCAACCGGUAAACCCCAAGAAGCGCGCGCCCAUGGCCUGGCCGGACGUGGCGGCCUACGUCGAAGCUCGCAAUUCAGAAAAGUGGGACCCGGCGGUCGUCCAGCGCGACGAGGACGAGGACCCGACGAGCAUGAAGAACCGGAUGGCGAAGCGGGCUUAGUAGCUGAUGCCGGGUAAGACCAAGAUUACUACAA